AUGGCAUCAACCGAUGAAGUAGUGUUGAGCGAAAAUCGGGCUUUGAGAGUGGAAUGUGAAGCUCAAGAGGUCGAGAUUGCUCAGCUUAAAAAUUAUCUACACAUGUCCGUUACGAAGCCAGACCUAUGCUUUGGACAGCAACGUGUUACACUGAACAAGUGUCUGAACUCAUUUCCCGAGAAGGCAUGGCAGAAACUUAUUGACGAAACCCCGGAAGUUGAUAGCCCGGCUAUCAUUACAGCACUUGAGGACCAACUUGCCGACAAGAACAAACACCUCACUGCUUGCUUACAGGAAAUUUCGAAUCUCAGAUCACGCAGUGGGGACGGAAAAACAAAACCGGACAGCAUAACGGACGGUAAUACCGCUCAUCUACUUUCACAAAUUACUUUCCUGCACAAUGAGGUGGAACGACUAGAACAACAGGUUAACGCCGUCCGCGCAGCGGGAAAAGAGGAACUACGUGUAAUGACCAUAGAGUAUAACGAUAAACUUCAACUUCGGGAGAAGGAAAAUCGCCUUCUAACUGAACAAUUGAGAGGACGGAAGAAUCACUUGGCUGAUGGAGAAGACAUGGCUGCUCGAACAAAAACUCUUGAAAGCCAGCUUGCGACCGCUCUAUCAGAAAAAAGUUCUUUACUCAUAGAGAAAAACAAUUUCCUGGCAAAAAUCCGAAAAUUAGAGGCUGUUAUUAAGGAGCGGAAAAACGAGACAUCUGAAGCACUGCAAGUGGCAUCGCAGGAACAUACCGUUAGUAAUGCACAAAUCAAAGGCCUUCAGGAAGUCAUUCAAGUCUUGUCCGACGAAAGGUCGUCGCUUCGCAGGGAGCUCGCUAACUUACGUAGCGGAAUGAGUAGUCAAAAGGUCCACACGGAGACACAAACUGACACUCUUCCUCAGGUGUCUUCUUCGGUCCAAACGGAUGUCGUACCUCUUGCUGCGAAAGAAUGUCAAGUGGAUUCGUGCAACCAGUUGAACGAUCCUACAACCCAUUCUGUGCAGAGUUUGGCACAUAUGCUGGAAAUUAAGUGCGCCGAAUGUGAUGAUUUGAGGGGCCGUAUAGACGACAUUUCGGCUAUCCACGGAGAGACCGUUUCCAUCCUUGAGGUAACAAAGAAACGGCUAGAAGAGGAGGCUGAACAUAAGAGAUUGUUGAGUGAUGACGCGGAAAAGCUGUCCCUUCAGGUGCGAUCUCUGCAGCAAAAGUGCAGUCAGUACGCGGCGUCAGAACGAGAGCUACAUGUUCGGUUGGCAAACGUUGAAGAUGAGAAACAGCAGCUGAUAGCAUCCUCUUUUAGCUUCGAGCGUGAGAAGAAGGGCAUGGAGGAGCGACUACAGCAAUUUCAAAGAGAUAUGGAUCAACUUGUGGCAAACAAAAACUACUGCAAUCAACAAGUCGGGCAAUUAGCGAACGAGAAUGAGAAGCUCGUCACUGAGCAGCAAAGGCUUCUUCGGCAUGAAACUCAACUUGCAUAUUCUCUCAAAGCGAAAGACGGUGAGUUGCAAGAAGUUCUUUCGGCCUAUCAAAAUGCAGUGAAGGAGGCUGAAUCGCAGCGUGAUGCUCAGAGGACGAUAGAGCGCGAAUUGGAGGUAGUGCGUGCAACGCUUUCUUCUAAGGAGCAAAGCAUUAUAUACCUGCAGGAACAAGUUAGUCAACUCCACCGCAGAGAUCAACAGAGUUGUCUCGAUUUGCAGACCUACGAAUAUGAAAACGACCAACUCCAUCGGAAACUCGUGCAGUCAACGUCCCGAGUGGCUCAACUAGAGACAACUUGCGAAGAAUUGCAACAAGUUUCGUUGGCUAAAGAUCGAGCCGCAGAUGAGCUGCAACAAAGCCUUGCUGAGCUUAGCAAGCAGCUCAUUUUGAAAGAGAACGAGUGUGUGCUCCUUCAGCAUCGGUACGAGUCGCUACAACACGACUUUUCAGGCGUGCAGUCAGCAUACGAGGCAGAUUCUCGUCGAUGUCGUGAGCUGGAAGAUACGAACGCUCGCCUGGUUGUAAGGGGAAUGUUGUCAUCCGAGCAUGAUGAAAAAUUUAGCUCUCUUCAGGGAGAAGUGAAAGCCGCCCAGGUGGCCCUUCAAGAAAGGGAGUCUUUACUUCGAACCGUGCAGGAGCAGCUGCAGAGGGAGAGAGACACGAAGGAGAGGUGCAUGACCGAGUUGGAGGCGGCACAAGCGUCUCUGUCAGAAGCCCUCUCAUCCAAAGAACGCCUACAGCAAAUUGUGUUAGAUCAAGCAGCCACUUUGUCACACCUUUCCCAGUAG